CACUCAUCUGUCAAUUGAAAUUUAAAAUUCAUAAUGUUAACAAAACAUGUUGAUUGUUGGUAAACCGUAAACUUAUUAUAAUUUUCUAUUGUUGAGUUAUCUUUAAGGCAGUACGUAAGCAAAUACCAAAACUUUUACUAUGCCAGUACUAUGCAAAACAGGAUGCGGAAAAAAUGCGGUGUUAAAGCGACCCAAAACAGGAGAUGUUCUAUGUAAAGAUUGUUUCUUCUGGGCAUUUGAAACAGAAAUUCAUUACACAAUCAUAAAAGGAAAUCUGUUCAAAAGUGGUGACGCAGUUGCAGUUGCUGCAUCAGGAGGCAAGGAUUCCACGGUUCUCGCACACGUUCUCAAGACAUUAAAUGAACGAUAUGAUUAUGGACUUAAUCUCAUGUUGCUAUCUAUUGAUGAAGGAAUUACAGGCUAUAGAGAUGAUAGCCUUGAAACUGUAAAACGUAAUAGAGAUGACUAUGAAAUGUCUCUAAAGAUCCUUUCUUACAAAGAUUUAUAUGGCUGGACUAUGGACGAAAUAGUUGAACAAAUAGGAAGGAAGAAUAACUGUACAUUUUGUGGUGUGUUUAGACGACAAGCAUUAGACAGAGGGGCAGCUAUGCUCAAUGUAAAGUGUAUAGCAACUGGUCAUAAUGCCGAUGACAUAGCAGAAACAGUGCUCAUGAACAUCCUGAGAGGUGAUAUUGCAAGAUUAAAGAGGUGUACAGCUAUUUCAACUGGCAGUGAAGGUACUAUACCAAGAGUAAAACCAUUGAAGUAUACAUAUGAAAAAGAAAUAGUAAUGUAUGCACAUUACAAGAAACUGGUCUAUUUCUCUACUGAAUGUAUUUUUGCACCUAAUGCCUAUAGAGGACAUGCAAGGGCUUUACUUAAGGAUCUGGAGAAGAUAAGGCCAUCCUGUAUUAUGGAUAUAAUAUAUUCAGGUGAGACAAUGGCAGUCAAGGAAGAUGUUUCAUUGCCAUCACAAAGAACUUGUUCCAGGUGUAAAUUUGUAUCAUCACAAGAAGUUUGCAAAGCAUGUGUUUUACUAGAAGGUCUAAACAAGGGUUUGCCUAAACUAGGAAUUGGUAAGAGUUCCAAAGCAAAAAGAAUGUUGGACGAGUACCAUGCCAAACAACAAAUGUCUAUUGAUGAAUUAAAUAAAGAGUUUCAGGCAAAUAAUUGUAUUGCUAAAGGUAAAACCUGUAGAUCUGGGGGUUGCAAGAGUAAUGGACUUAUUAGUGAUGACUGUCAAGGAAAUAAAAACAAGAAUGAACAUUUAAAUGAGAAAGCCAAUGAAAUGCUUACAGUGUAUUUAUUGCCAGAUGAUGAAUGUAUAGUAAAUGGAAUUAGCCCAACAGACAAUGACCAAGAAAAUUUUGAGGAAAUUACAUGUGAAGGUUCUUGUGGAGGAGGUUCUAUAAGUAUAGCCUUUUGACAUUGUGAAUUAUAAAAUCAUGUAAAUAAUAGAGAUUUGUUUAUUUUACAUUUA